UCUGCACUGUUGCUUUUUAUUUCAGGAAGACAAACGCAGAAAAACAAAAAGAAUGGCUGAAAAGGAUAACCAACAACCUGAAAAAGUAAAUACCCCUAACAGUAGUGAUGGAGAAGAUGAAACAAUGGAUAUAACUAGUGAUGAAGACAAACGCAAAAAAAAGAAAAGAAUUGCCAUAAAGGAUUACCAACAACCUGAAACAACAAUUAUUCCUAAUAGUAUUGAUGGAGGAGAUGAUAUUAGUGAUGAAGAUGAGACACAAGAUAUACCAAGUGAUUCACCUGAAAAUGAAGAAGAAGAUUACCUAACAGUGCAAGAUGCAAAAAAAAUCAUCUCAGUAAUGUUUGAAGCUAUAAGAUUUUCAGACGUUUCAAAGGCCCAGCUUGUUUCUGCUGCUAAGAAGUUUAAACUUAAAUCUUGAUUUUUCUUCUAAAGAUAUGUUAGCUCUGCAACUGU